AUGCCCACCUUUUCUUCCCAAGAUUGGUUCCAUGCGAUUUCUACGCGGCGACACGAUGUUGUCAGUGUGCACUUGAAAGAAUGUGCGGGGAAGAGGAACACUUUCGGUGAGACGGGCUUGAUGUGUGCAGUGCGACAGGGAGACGCAGAAACCGUAAAAAUCUUGGCUCCCAAGGAGUGCGGAAUACUUAGUCAGACGUCUCAUUCUACUGCAUUGAUGAUGGCAUGCGAAGCAGACCACGCGGGCCUGGUAGAGAUCUUGGCCCCCUUCGAGCACAAGGACACCAUGCCAGAUGGUAAGACAGCCUUUAUGGUUGCGGCCCAUGCUGGGGCCAUUAACUCUAUCAAUAUUAUGCUCAAAUACGGCACUAGGGAGCAGGACCAGAGCAACCGCACUGCUCUUGACUACGCAGUCAUGUCUAUGAAGCAAGGGAUUGUCAUAUCUCUGGGAUUUUCUGGUAUCUUCAGGCCCGACGACAUUCGCCAGGCGAUCCGCACGGCAGGAGAGUGCAAGAACAUGUUUGCACCUAAACUUCUCAGGCUUGCCUUGCAGCACCUGACAGGCCAAGAAUCAGAUGUCCCUGACCUCACCUUUGAAGUGGAGAACCUUAACAAAGAGAUUGCUAGCUUUAGAACCUGUCUUCAAGAAGUGAUGGGCGAGGAUCGGAACUAUUACCUCAAUACGUUCAACGGGGGUCCAGAGCCUUCUAAUCUGUUGAUAAGCCGCUUCGUCGAUCAUAUGCACCGCAUACAAAGUCAACUGGAGGAACUGGCCUCAGUGACUGCUAAUUCGCAAAUAAACACCAGCAAGGGCAAAACAAAAACAUCAGCUAAGAAAGACAAGUCAAACAUCUAUGAUCUCGAGGAGGAGAAUGCACAGCUGCGCACGAAGGCUGCAGCGCUGGAGUACAUCAUAAGAAGCCCUGUCUUCAAGAGCCACACAGGUUACAAUCUGACGUCAGAAGACAUCUGUGAUCGAAUCAACGCAGAAAUGAUGCAGAAUGCUGCCUACAUCAAGGAGCUUGAACGACAGAUAAAGGACAUGCGCGCAGAAAGACAAAGAGAAAUGAACCAGGUCACCUCUAUUGUCGGGCUGAAGGAUGACUAUGAAAAGGCUCUUGAGAAGCUUCAGAAAACGCAGAGUCUUCUUGACAGCAGAACCGAUCAACUAAAGACGUACAGGAUGUACAUGGGAGAAAAGUCUCCACUUAUGCCUCAAACAGAGCCUGAUUUCGUAUUUCGUCAACGCACUAUGAGGGCAGCACCAAAUUCGGCUACAUCUGACUACCACGGAAUGUCGGCUACCUCAGCUUCUAACAAGUCCACAGAGAGGCGCGCCCUGACCUCUCAUCGCUCUCGCACAAAUCAGCAUCUGUCCAGCGAUUCUAUGCAUGCUAGUGCCAAUAGUAGCGGACUCUACGAUUCAACGAUGGCUGAUCAAAGCAACAUAGUUAGAGAGGUUACCACCGUGACAACGACAACAAAGACUUACAGUCCAAAUGGACGUACAGGAACGCUUCGUGAUCGUUCUACUUCUCGAAGUCAAUCGCACACAACACGUUCGCGAACUGAAUUAGAACGCACACAGGACAAGGAUAGAGAUGGCGAUAGGAGUGGUGACAGAAGCCUAACAAACAGCUUUGGCCUUGAUAAUAGCAUGAGGAAUAUGCAGGCCAUGUCGGAGCUCUCUACAUCUCGCCGUCGUCGCCUUAGGCCGAUUGUCGAUCCAACGCCCAACGGAUCGUACCACUCUUUUAACACAAGCAGGUCUGCGAGCCGCGAUACAACCAUUAGAAACGCUAAUGAUUCGUAUGGGUCCGGUAAAGCUAGCGAUCACCAGAGCCUCUACAACUCGACCGCGGAAGUGGAGCACCCCUAUGAGAUUAAGACAUCAUUUGAGUCUCACACAGAGUACGAUCAUCCUGCGCCCAUAACAAAAGACGUUCCUCGUGAAGCUUCUUUGCGCACCACCUUCACCAAUCAGGCGGAUGACUACAAUGAGUAUACCUCGCGCGGAACCAACUUUAAUCCCGCCCACGCGAAUCCAGAGGUCCACAAUGACUCGCAGGCGCACUUCGACCCGCCGUCGUUACUGACAAGCACUUCAUUUACUGACAGGGCGCACACUGCGCAGCCCUCGCAUCUGAGACAUGAACAGCCCUACUCGGAUCCGAUAUACUCUGCCAUCACCGACAGAAACAAUUCGUCCUUGGAUAGGCCGAAUCCUUGGAUGGCCAGAGGUAGUGGAAGCCAGUGGGAAGACAGACACCCCCGCGUUCUUUGA